UUGUCACUGGCAGUAAGCUGUGGCAGUAAGUCUGUGAGUUAGAAACACACACUUACAUACUUCACCAUCUAACCUGCACAGACAAGAGAAAUGUCAGGACCCAGGCCUGUAGUUCUGAGUGGCCCAUCAGGAGCUGGAAAAAGCACCCUGUUGAAGAGACUCAUGAAAGAAUAUGAAGGGGUUUUUGGAUUCAGUGUCUCCCACACCACCAGAAAUCCUCGGCCAGGAGAGGAAGAUGGAAAAGGGCUGAAUUGUCUCCCAAUGCUUCUGGGGGCUACUUUACUUCCUGUAGCAGACGUCCUGUCCUCUGAGACAUCUGAAGAUUACCACUUUGUCAUCAGAGAGAAGAUGCAAGAGGGAAUUGACAAUGGUGAAUUCAUUGAGAAUGCAGAGUUUUCUGGGAACAUGUAUGGAACCAGCAAAUCAUCCAUAGAAGAUGUUCAGGCACAAAACCCCAUCUGCAUCUUGGAUGUUGACAUACAAGGAGUGAAAAACAUUAAAAAGACUGAUUUGAACCCCAUAUAUAUCUCCAUCCAGCCACCUUCAGUUGAGAUCCUGGAAAAGCGUCUGAGAGACAGACAAACAGAGACAGAGGACAGUCUACAGAAGCGUCUGGAGGCAGCGAGGAUUGACAUGGAGCUCAGUGAGGAACCGGGAGUUUUUGAUAUGGUAAUCAUUAAUGAUGACCUGGAAGAAGCCUAUGAGAAACUCAAAAGUGUUCUUAUUGAGGAAAUUGAGAAGGUGCAAGAUGCCAAGAAAUAGGAAAGGAAAAGCGGCACUUUUGACCAUUCUGCCCGACAACACAUGAAAGACAUGAAGACAUGAAGCCUUUUUUUCCAGCCUUGUACGGUGCAAUCAUGGUGUUGGUUCUCAUGUCAGACUCUAAAAACUAUUAACUUAAAUUGCUAAUCAAGAUGGGUGCUAUGUUCAAAGGAGUGUGCUAUAGAGCUUUUCUCUGUGGGUGAGAGAAAAUCUAUGCAUGUAUGUUAAAAACAUCUCACUUCAAUUGAAGACUCUUCUCUAUUAACUCUCUCGAGCAUGUUUGCACCUUGAAUAAUGAAGGGAGAAAACUGUAACAAAUACGAGUUCAGUUGAUGAUGAUAGUUUGUUUAUCAUCAGCAUGUUAGUUCUAUAGUAGAGAAAUGAUUGUUUUUAAUAUGUAUGAUCUUUGUAGAGAGCUAUUACAUCAUGUUUGAUUCUCAGUUAGCCUUCAACAUGUGAAUGUAUUCAGUUGAAUGAUUAGUUUGAGUUGCACCUUCAUGUUUCUAAACUUGUGUUGAAUAUAAAAUAAUAUCACUUUGGGUUAGCUGAAAUAAAAUAAAAUGAGCUACAGCUACAUUAAAUAAUUUCUCCAUUAUCGUUUUCCUAGUUCUCUUUUCUCUUUUAAUGUCAAAGUGAAAUAAAGUUAAUAAUCUCCUAAUUCAUUGUGUUAUAAAUAAAUGUAGCAUUAUAAUAUGCAAAGAUAUUAAACAUAUAAAUAACACGAAGCACAUUUUUACGCCUCUGACAUCAGUUGUUCCCAUUCCCAAACGCACACCGUAAGCGUCAGUAACCAUGGCAACUGC